UUGCGUCAAGGUAGCCGCGGACGGCUGUAACUGUAAACAAGCGUCAGCGGGUACAGUUUAAUUUAUCUAUCGUUGCUUUACAGGAUGUAAGCCGACUACACACUUUAGCCACAACAACAGAGACGUGUGUGAAAAGUUACUCCGUUUUGGCCGAGGCUCAACAAACACAACCGGGUGCCACUGACCAUGGAGACUCACAAGAAAGGCGUCAAGCAGAACCCGCUGGCUACUGCAAGUUUCCUUUCCAGGGUUUUUUUAUGCUGGAUAGGCCCGAUCCUGAAACUUGGCUACAAAAAGAGACUGGAGGCAAGUGACAUGUACGGCGUUCUUCCAGAAGACCGGUCUGAAACACUGGGAGAGGAAUUACAGAGAUUUUGGGACAACGAAGUCAAAAAAGCGACGAAAGAACUUGAGAAGCCAAAACUGAUGCACGCCCUUGUUAAGUGCUACUGGAGGGCCUACGCAGGAGCCGGGCUGUUUGUGUUUUCAAUGGAGGCGAUUAAAGUUAUCCAGCCUUUCCUCCUGUGGAAAAUCAUCCAGUACUUUGAGAAUUAUGACCCAAAGGACCAGAGAAGCCUUUACAUGGUGUACGGCUACGCUGCUACCAUGUCCUUCUCCGCCUUUGGACUCACCAUUCUACAACAUCUCUACUACUACAACGUCCAGAGAACAGGCAUGAAGAUGAGAGUGGCUAUGUGUCACAUGAUAUACAAGAAGGCUCUUGGUCUCAGCAGUGAAUCAAUGGGGAGAACGACUACAGGACAAAUAGUGAACCUCUUAUCCAAUGAUGUCAACCGUUUUGAUGAGAUCACCAUUAAUCUGCACUACCUGUGGGUGGGACCUCUUCAGGCAGUGGUGAUCCUCGUAUUCCUCUGGUACGAGGUCGGUCCCUCGUGUCUGGCCGGUAUGGCGGUCAUUGUUCUCAUGCUGCCUCUGCAGACCUGGUUUGGAAAGCUCUUCGGCAUCUUCAGGGGCAAGACGGCUGUGCUCACUGACAACAGAAUCAGAAUCAUGAACGAAGUGGUGUCGGGUAUCAGGAUCAUCAAGAUGUACGCCUGGGAGAUACCAUUCUCUGCUUUGGUGACUGAGGUCAGAAGGAAAGAAAUCAGUCAGAUUUUGAAGAGCUCCUACCUCCGAGGUCUCAACAUGGCCUCCUUCUUUGCCAGCAGCAAGAUCAUCGUCUUCAUCACCUUCACCGUCUACGUUCUCCUUGGCAACACCAUCACAGCCAGCUGUGUGUUUGUCACCGUCUCCCUCUACGGCACGAUCAAACUCACGGUCACGCUGUUUUUCCCGCUGGCCGUGGAAAAGGUGUCUGAGACAAUCGUCAGCAUUCACAGGAUUGAGAAUUUCCUCCUCCUGGAUGAAGUUGAGAGGAGAAAGCUACCUCUGGAUGAAAAGAUUGAGAAGUGUGUAGAGCUUCAGAAGCUGACCUGCUACUGGGAUAAGAGUUUGGACGCUCCCUCUCUGCAGAACGUCUCCGUCACGGUAAAAGCUCACCAGCUCCUGACUGUGAUCGGCCCGGUGGGUGCUGGAAAGUCGUCCCUGCUGAGCACCGUGCUCGGGGAGCUACCGCACGACACGGGGACGCUCAAAGUCAGGGGCGGGCUGUCGUACGCCGCCCAGCAGCCCUGGGUGUUCCCUGGUACCAUCCGCAGUAACAUCCUGUUUGGAAAAGAGCUCAAUCAGAAGAAGUACGAGAGAGUGAUCACAGCCUGCGCACUGAAGAAGGACUUCGAGCUGUUUCCAGAUGGAGACCUGACUAUGAUCGGAGACCGAGGAGCCACACUCAGUGGGGGACAGAAAGCUCGGGUCAACCUGGCCAGGGCGGUGUAUCAGGAGGCAGACAUCUACCUCCUGGACGACCCUUUAAGCGCCGUGGACGCUGAGGUCGGGAAACAUCUCUUUGAACAGUGUAUCUGUGGCCUGUUGAAGAAGAAAAUUCGUAUCCUGGUCACCCACCAGCUGCAGUACCUGAAAGCAGCCGACCAGGUUUUAGUCCUGAAGGAGGGUCACAUCAUGGCCCAGGGUACCUUCAGCGAGCUGCAGAGCUCCGGUCUGGACUUUGUGUCCCUGCUGAAGAGUGACGAGGAGCAGGAGCGAGGCUCUCGAUCUGCCGACACAGACCGAGUGUCGCUACGAAGCCACAGCUCUCUGACUUCAUUCAACAGCCUCCUCCCGCCUGAGAGCACCAAAGGAGACCAGCUCACUGCUGAGAUGGCUCACUCCAUGACAGAGGAAUCACGAGUGGACGGAAAUGUUGGUGGUCACGUUUAUCGGAAAUACUUCACUGCAGGAUCGAGUCUCCUGGUGCUGUUGAUCAUUCUCCUGCUCAGUAUCACAGCAGAGGCUGCAUAUAUUCUGCAGGACUGGUGGCUCGCUUAUUGGGCCAAAGAGGAGACUAUGAACAACACGAUCAGCAUUAUUUCCAUCAGAGACGACUUGAAUGCCACUCUCUCAGAUCAGGAGGAUACUCUUCCAUUUUACCUCAGCAUUUAUGCCGGUCUGACUGUAGCUGCUAUGGUCUUUGGCUUCAGCCGCAGUCUGCUGGUCUUCCACGUGUUGGUUCAAUCAGCUCAGACGCUGCACAACAGCAUGUUCAACGCCAUCAUCCGCACACCUGUUCGCUUCUUUGACAUCAACCCUAUAGGAAGAAUUCUCAACAGAUUUUCUAAGGACAUCAGCCAGAUGGACUCAACGUUACCGAUCACUUUUGUCGACUUCUAUCAAUUAAUUUUGCAGAAUAUCGGUGUGGUUGCAGUGGCUGCUUCAGUCAUCCCUCUCAUCCUCAUCCCAGUCUUCCCUCUGCUUCUUUUCUUCCUCUACCUGAGACGUUACUACCUCAGCACAUCACGAGAUGUCAAACGGCUCGAGUCUACAACUCGGAGUCCAGUGUACUCCCACCUGUCCUCGUCUCUCCAGGGUCUGUGGACGAUCCGAGCCCUCAAAGCUGAGGACAGACUGAAGAAAGCUUUUGACAGACAUCAGGACCUGCACUCAGAGGCAUGGUUUUUGUUCCUGAUGACGUCCCGCUGGUUCGCUCUUCGCCUUGACAGCAUCUGCUCCGUCUUCAUCACCUUUGCAUCAUUUGGAUGCAUCAUUCUUAGAGAUGGCCUGGAUGCAGGAGAGGUAGGCCUGGUGCUGAGCUACGCUGUGACCCUAGUGGGAAACUUCCAGUGGAUGAUGAGGCAGAGUGCUGAGGUGGAGAACAUGAUGACGUCUGUGGAACGAGUGGUCGAGUACACAGAGCUUGAGAGCGAAGCACCCUGGGAAACUGAAAAGCGACCUCCCCCCAAUUGGCCCAGCAGUGGUCUCAUCGCCUUCGAACACGUUAACUUCUCCUACGGCGGGGACGGGCAGACAGUCCUCAAAGACAUCAGCGCUACCUUCCAACCCACUGAGAAGGUGGGGAUUGUGGGUCGGACGGGUGCUGGGAAAAGCUCCCUGGUGUCGGCUCUGUUCCGCCUGGCGGAGCCUCAGGGGAAGAUCUUCAUUGAUGGUGUUCUAACCUCAGAGAUUGGGCUUCACGACCUGCGCCAGAAGAUGUCAAUCAUCCCACAGGACCCCGUGCUGUUUACGGACACCGUAAGGAAAAACCUGGACCCUUUCAAUGAGCACAUGGAUGAAGACCUGUGGAGAGCCCUGGAGGAGGUGCAGCUGAAGUCCGUGGUGGAGGAGCUGCCCAGGAAACUGGAGACAGUUCUGGCCGAGUCAGGCUCCAACUUCAGCGUGGGCCAGAGACAGCUGGUGUGUCUGGCCAGAGCCAUCCUGAGGAAGAACCGCAUCCUCGUCAUCGAUGAGGCCACGGCCAAUGUGGACCCCAGGACGGAUGAACUGAUCCAGAAAACGAUCCGGGAAAAGUUCAGAGAAUGUACCGUGCUGACGAUCGCUCACAGACUAAACACCAUCAUCGACAGCGACAGGAUACUGGUGUUGGAUAGUGGGGCCAUCCAGGAGUUGGACAGCCCCUUCACCCUGCUACAAAACAAAGAAGGUGCACUCUACAACCUGGUGCAGCAGACGGGCCAAGCUGAAGCAGCAGCCCUGCUGGAGUCGGCCAGAAAGGCAUUACAGCAGUCUUGACAGUCUGACGCCCCAGGACAGGACUGUGAAAGCGCUGCUUUUCUGCCAGGUGUAAGUAGCAUCUGAGCGUACCGCACACUCGUGAGGGAGAGAGAGACCACAACAAACCAGUCAUAUUUUAAAGGAAAUAAGCCUGUAACGUUCAUUUACAAAUCAACCUCACAGUGUAGGAAGCUUCUAGAAACACACUGAACCAUGUAUUUUCAGAGCUUUAGAGACGCAGCGAAUGUUUGUAAUGUCUAAGAUAGAAUGUGAUGAAGCCAGUGUUGUAAUGAACCUCUUGAAGCGUUGUCACGAUACCACAGUUUUUAUCAGUACCACACCAAGGAAGAUGGCUCCUACUCACACAAAACUCUUAAAUGCAGUUCUUUUUUCAGAGAUUCCCUGAAGACUGAGCAGAAUUAGAGGUACCAGGCCUUAUAAAUACAAAGCUGCUAAUAGAUACUAAAUCUAAACAAUAUUAUGAGUAGGAAGAAGUGCUUUAAAUAAGGAGAGCUUACAGUUACCUCAUUCAGACAUUGCGUUAUGAAGGAUCCAUAUUGGGCAUUUAAAUACCAAGGAAUAAUCCUUAAUGCAUUGUGUGGAUAUACCUCAUUACAAAAACCCAAGCCUGCAGAGCUCUGAGACAGGAUUGUUGAUGACUCCAGAAACAUUUCUGCUGCCCUGAAGGGCACAGAAGCCUCUAGAAUUCUCGAGUAGAAGUUUGGUACAACCAGGACUCUUCCAAGAGCUGGUCGCCCGGCCAAACUGAGUAAUCAUAGUAGAAAGGCCUUAGUAAGAGAGGUGGCCAAUAUGGAGUGGGUGGAUAUAUAAAAUAUAUCAAUUGGGAGGAAAUAGUCUAGGUGGGUAUCUGGUUUUACAGAUACGUACGACACAUCAAGCAUGAAUCAUCAUGUAUUUAUCCUUGACAACCCCGUCAUUGCUUCAGGUCCCCCUGAGGGCUGUAGGCCCUACUUAAGCUGUGUUUCCAUCAAGUUGUUCAGGUUGAUUGGUAUGGUUUGGUAUGCUAAAUUUUACUUUUUUUUUUUUUUUUUGUGUUUCCACAAACACCCGUACCCUUAAUUGGUGGGUAGGUUUUAAAGGCUACGCAUGGGACGUCACAGAGAGUGAAAAGAGUGAAAUUGUAAACAAAAAACAUGGAAGGAAAAAAAAGGGCAAAAAGGGCUGGACUUUGCAAAAAAGAAGUAUUUUUCCUGUAAUUAUAAAACAACCUUCAUCCGCUGAGAAAAUAGGUCUAUGGGUGAGGCACGCUUGUUUUUGUCUUUGUAUUAAGCUCUGCAAGAUGCUGACUGUCAACAAAAACACAAUGGGCUGUCCCAUUCCUGUUUCUACCACUUCCUCCUCCACUAAGGAGGAGUUUGAGAUUCAGCCAGUAUGGAUCUCUGUCAAGUCCAGAUGUCCCUAAUUACAGCAGAUAGGAGUCUUUUUCUCUCAUUUUCUCCCACUUCUUACAGAGCAAACCGCCUUGUUUUGCUGCCCAGCUGAGCCGUCAUGUUGCACACUGAAAGUUGCGUCAGUGCAAACCCCUAUUGUUGUGUAGGACCACCUUUUAGGGACAGAUGGUCCCAAAAAACUGUAACUUUUUUACAAGGCAAGUCUGAAGGUGGAGGAUGAUCUGCAGUUAUGCAAUCCAGCAUCAGCUGCAUAGAUGCAAAGUCAUAGCUCCUACUAAAUUACAGCGUAGAGUAUGGUAGUCAGGUAGUAUACAGACCCAAGUAUCAAAAAUAUAAACGAUCAAUCCAUCCAUGCAUCCAUUUUCUAUACCUCUUGUCCCGUUGUGGGACGCCAGGUGGGCUGGAGCCUAUCACAGCUGUCAUUGGGCGAGAGGCGGGGUACACCCUGGACUGGUCACCAGUCAAUCACAGGGCUGAUAUAUGGAAUAAAUGAUAAGUUUUAAAAUAAAAAUGUUUAAAUAUGAGACAUAAAUGUCUAAAAAUCAAGUUUAAAUGAUUGUAACCUUUUUUUCACAUGGGUGGGGGUCCACAGAACAAAUUAUUUUGUUAGGGGAGGCAUUAAAGUGCUUCAUGAUGCUGGAUGGUCUCUGAGACAAAUAUGACAGGUGGUCUAAUAAAUUUGUUAAGCACUGUAGAUUUUCUACAUUACUUCUGGGUGUCAGUUUUGGUGCAGUGAUGUGAAACUGUCAGUAGUCUGCAGGUCAGACUUAGAGAAAAGACCAGGGCACUUUGCCGUCACUGUCCUCUGUCUGAAGCAGACACUAAAUGUUAACGUGCAUUUUAAUGACACGCUAAAUAAACCUGAUAAACAUUUCAGGGCAGAAAGGAGAGCGACGUCAGCAAUGAUCUAACAAAAAUCUGCAGCUUCCUGCACGUUUGUGUGGAGGUGUCUGAAUCUGUUUGUCCUUUAAGAGCAGGGGUUCCCAAACUUUUCAGCCCAAGAGGUGGUUAAACCAGAGGCGGACUUUACCAUCAGGCAAAGGGACUGCUACCACUAGACUCCCUUAGUUCAACCCUUCCUUCUUCACCAGUAUUGUGGCCGUUUGGAAUUUUCAGGGCUAAGCACACUCAUUAAAAGUGUGAAAUAUGAAGUAAACUUGGUCAUGUUUUAGACUGUUAGAGAAAAAUGUCAAGAUUUAAACAAAGUAAAUAUUGCAAACUUUCAAUUAAAUAUAACAUUGAAUAAUGUCACAAUAGUGUUGCUGAACAUGAACAGACUUAGUACUCCAGUUAAAAGGGAUAAAGUCAGGAGAAAGAAAAAGCUCAUAUUUUUACAAGAAACCCAUUUAAAUCAUACAGAGUUUUGGGAAAAAAUUGUUUCAAAAAUGCAUAUUACAAUUCUUAUGGUUUAAAAAAAAGAGAGGUGUUAUCAUAUUAAUAUCAAAUUCUGUCAAAUUUGAAUGAAUGAGGGAAAUACAAGACAAAGGGAGGUAUGUAUUGAUUAAAGAAAAAUGUGAAGUUGGUCAGUAUAUAUGCACCCCCAGAUAGAAAAGGGGAUUUUAAUUUAAUAUUACGACAAGGAUGGAUAAAACAAGCCUAAAGAGAACUGACGCCUAUCUAUCAAGGUUUAUGAAAAUCCCUUUGAAUGAAAUGGGAUCAGUAGAUAUCUGGAGAUAUCUCCACAGAAAUGAAAACAAUUCAUUUACUACUCUCCACACCACAAAACGUACUCAAGAAUAGACUACUUUUUUGUAAACUCACAAAAUAAGAGAAUGUCGAAUUGGGACAGCAGAUGAAUCUGAUCAUAACUCCUUACAUUUAACAUUAUAUAUAGGAAAUAAAAGUAAAAAUACGGUGUGGAGGUUUAAUAUAGGAAUAUUGAAUAAUGAAAAAUUAAACUAUCAAAUACAAGAAGAAGUACAGAAGUAUCUCGGAGAAAAUGAUAAUGGAGAAAUAAACCCGGCCAUCCUAUGGGACACAAUAACAGUUAUGAGAGGUAAAUUGAUAGCUUGCACUUCAGCAAUCAUAAAAAGAAGAACAGAGGAAUAUAGAAGAUAAAUUAGAGAGGAAACAUGAAUCCACUAAUGACUCCAGAAUAUAUGAGAAUAUUACAAACACACAGAAACAAGUUACCACAAGAAGUAAAUAUAUAACACGCACAUACCAUGAAAUAGGACCAAGAAAACAGCCAACUAUCUUUAAAAUAAUGGACAAACAAAAAAGAUUACAGAUAUGAACCAGAGGUUUUAGAAAAAGUAUUCAAAGAAUAUUAUAGAGACCCAUAUAUGCCACCCUCACUAGAUAAGGGAAAAGAUGCAGAAACCUCUUUAGAAGACUCAGAGAUAACUGGAACAUCAAAACCAAGACAAAAGGAACAUGAGGUGGCAUCAAGCUGAUCCUCCAACUGUAAAUGGAUGGAGAUGGAUGGAGACUAUUGAAGAGAUUAUCUGAGGGAAAAACUGACUCAUGAUGAGACUGCAACAAGCCCAGAUAGAGGACAAAUGGAUGGUAAACAGAAGUCAGAACAGAGGCACUGGAAACUGAGAGACAUAAGAAUACUAAAGCAUGACUUUUCUAUGUAUGGCCUUUGAAGGGCCUUGUUGUGAAGAAUGAUUUUUCAUGGAAAUAAAUAAGUUGAAAAGAAUUUCAAUUAAGCACAUUAGUAAUGCUUACAGAUACACAACAGAAACUAGCCCUUUAGUAAAAGUCUAUAUCUCAAACUCACAGUGUGAUGCUAAAAAUCAGUAAAAUCCUGUCAAUACUGGUAUCCAGAUGAAGGUCAAAGUAACGCCUCAUUUAGUCUCAAAAACAUGCCAACUUGAAAAAUCAUUGAAUUAAACUAUAACACUGUGACAUAUAGUAUUUGGUUUUACUGUUCGUAAACUCAAAAGAACAAACACUUCCACGUGAUCCUGUAGCCUGUGUUGUUUAGUUGGUGGGGGGAAUUAAAUAAAAUCAAAAUGGAAGAGAAGAUGGAAGAAAUAUUCUUUGUUUAUUCAAUGAGAAAUAACAUUUUAUGGUAAAUAUGAUUUAAAAAAAAAAAGACUAAAAUAUGAUGAGAGGGUGAGCUCCAUUCCAGAAUGGAUUUGCGCCGUAGUUAAGCCAGGUAUGUUUAUGUUUCAAGGUUCCAGGUCAGGUUCCAUGAGCACCUCCAAAACUUUCCACGUCUCCUCCUCAGAUUCAAACUUCUCGUACUGUGCGAGCGGGUUUCCAUUCCUCCUUUGGAUCCAUGCCAAUAAUGUCAGCUUAUUAUGUCAUUAGAAAGUCAAUUGUGUAUCAUUUCAUAUGUAAAGAUCAUCAGUCAGUGCUAUGGUCCUUUUAGCCUUGGCAAGUAGAGGUUGUUGAGUUCAUCCAGGUCAACGGGAUGGCGGGGGGGGGUUGGUAAUGAACUCACCCCCACAUUGAUGUGGCGUCCUAGCUUCCCCUUGCCGUAGCAUCCCGUUGGACCCCUGACUGUAUCUAUCUCCUGUAUCUGUUUUGAUAAAUACGACUUAAAAAAGAGGAGGAUACUUUGAAAAUAAGAACCGUUAGGCAUCCAAGUGGAUCCCUGACUGGGAUUUGAAACCCAAUCUUCUGCACCAAAGUCAGUGCUCAAACCCACUCAGCUACCUGAACAGACAAAAAUGUGUUUAAAGAAGUUACUAUCAGUAGUUUUUCUUUAUUAAUAAGAAUUUAAAGAGGAUCUACUUUGUUUGAAAAGAUGGUAUUCUUUAAAAACUGUGGUAUCUUUGACAACCGUACCCUCCCAUGACACUUGAAGGUUUCAGUGAAUGUGUCAGACUUUCUGUGUCCAAACUUUUGAGACCAACUGUGAAAUCUGAAGCCUUGAAAAGUUCCUGUUUUUAGCUGAAAGCGGACAUGUU